AUGGCACCCUCGACCCUCACGAAGCAGUCGCUCAAGCGCAAGCGCGCAGACGACGGAACCACCUCCCCCUCGACCCGCACCGACGCAGACAAGCCACAGCAGCCGUACAAGCAGCGUGUGCUCGUCACCAGCUCGAGGGGAAUCUCCCAGAGGCAGAGGCACCUCAUGACCGACUUGCUCGCACUCCUCCCGCACGCAAAGAAGGAGACCAAGCUCGAGGACAAGCACAACCUGCCGGCGAUCAACGAACUCUGCUACCUCUCGUCGUGCAACAACGCCCUCUUCUUCGAGGCGCGCCGGCAACACAACGACCUGUACCUCUGGGCCGCCAAAGCCCCGAACGGGCCCUCGGUCCGCUUCCACGUCCUCAACUUGCACACCAUGGACGAGAUGAAGAUGACCGGCAACUGCCUCAAGGGGAGCAGGCCCGUCGUCGUCUUUGACAAGCAGUUUGACGAGGAGCCGCACUGGAAACUCAUCAAGGAGGUCCUCACCCAUAUCUUUGCGGUCCCCAAGACGGCGCGGCGGGCAAAGCCGUUCAUCGACCAUGUCAUCAACUUCUCGAUCGCCGAUGGCAAGAUCUGGUUCCGCAACUACCAGAUCCUCGACACCCCCUCCACCGACGCCCUCUCUUCCACCACCUCCUCGACCUCGGCCCUCACCGACGUCCAAGCGAAGAAACUCGCCAAGAAGCAAGGAGCGCCUCACCUCUCGCUCUCGGAAGUCGGCCCCAGGUUCGUCCUGAACCCGGUCAAGAUCUUCGAGGGGAGUUUCAACGGCGCGUGUUUGUACGAGAACAAGGAAUUCGUCCCCUCUUCGGCACGCUUUGCAUCUACCAAGCUGGCUCGCGCCGCCAAGUACCGCGGACGCAAGGACCAGCAGGCCGUCUCGAAGAGUCGCAGGGAGGGGCUGCACGUUGGCGAGAGGGACGACCCGUUGGAGAAGAGGAGGGUGUUCGCGUGA